AUGGACCAGCCGGAAUUUGUUGUGGCUGUGGUGGGCGCCGGAUUGGCUGGGCUGUCGUUUGCCGCAGCGUGGGCACAGGAUGCCGGCAGUCGCAGGUUCGGUACGAGGGUGGUUGUCUUCGAGCAGUCGGUGGUGCUGGACCCAGGAGCAUUCCGUUCAUUGCCCUUGGCGCACUCUGGCUUGAAGGCCUUGCGACAGCUAGGGUUUCCUUUGGCUUCCAGCCAAACGAUGCAGGAGGUGCCUCGCCUCGAACUGUUGCAAUGGUUCGAAGGCAAGCUGCCAGAUGCUAUACAUUUUGGCAAGGCAUUCCAAGGUUUUUCAAUCGGUGCGGAUGCCGGUCACGGCAAGAUCUUUUGCAGCUUCCAAAGCAAAGAGCUCGGAAUUUCUCGAGUAGAGGGCCCGUUUGAUGUCCUUGUCGCUGCGGAUGGUCUUCGUUCAGAUGUUCGGUGCCAGUGUGAAGCAGUCAUCAAUCAAGGGCCUUAUCAGCUUCGGAAUCUUUUCCUGGGUGGAUCGGUUCUGCUCCUUGGGGAUGCUCGACGCGUUUUUCGCAAUGAGCGAGAUCUGGGAUUUGGCCGAGUUUUUGGUGGUGGCAACAAGGCCAUGGCAGAAGGCGCCGAUCUUUCGGUGUGUCAGAUAUCUCUGAGUGUGUUAAGGACGUUGGGAACACGCAGCCCUGGCCUAGGUGUUGAGUUGGCGGGCUCCUUGUUGGAGGCCAUCGCUUGCAGUGCCAGGCAUGGACUGCGGCAGUGGUCUGCGGCAGUGGCACUGACUUGUCUCAGUUGUGGCACAGCUGUUCUGACGAUGCGCUGGAGAGGCCUGGAAGCGAUCUCGGAGCUUUUCACGAGGUAA